AUGGGGCUCGUUGCGAUUGCCCUUGCCAUAUCUGUUUUCACAUGGAUAACGAAUUUCAUCUACAAAAAGGCAAAAUACAUAUUUGACCGAAUUGCGGUCUUUCAAGGACCGGUCGCGCUCCCUUUCAUCGGAAAUUUGCAUCAAUUCCACUUCACUCCCGAAGAAUUCUUCGAGCAGGCACAAGGGUUAGCGUACAUGUUGCGAAAGAACCGAGACAGGAUGACAAGAGUUUGGUUUGGACCGCUGCCAUAUGUCCUCAUAUAUGGACCAGAAGAGUGCGAAGCUGUGCUUGGCAGCAGCAAAAUGCUGAAUAAAACGAUGCAGUACAGUUUCCUGUCGGCUUGGAUUGGUGAAGGAUUGCUAAUCAGCAAGCCUGACAAAUGGCGUCCUCGUCGGAAACUGCUGACGCCCACUUUCCAUUAUGAAAUUCUGAAGGACUUUGUCGAGGUCCAACGUUUCGUAUCCCAGGUCUACAAUCGGCACGGUCGAACGUUACUGGGCAAGUUUCUGAAGCACGCUGAGGAUGGACAAUACGAAAACAUCUUUCACACUGUCACACUCUGCACACUGGAUGUCAUCUGCGAAGCGGCUCUUGGCAUAUGCCUCGACGUUCAGAAACAUCCUCAUUCACCGUACUUAGACUCCGUAUUCAAGAUGAAAGUCCUCAUUCAAAAGCGUCUUGUCAAGCCUCAGUACUAUCCAGAAUUCCUCUUCAAUCUAUUCGGGGCAGGAAGGGAGCAAGCACGUUGUGUAAAAAUUCUCCACGAAUUCACUGGAAAUGUGAUACGAGCUCGAAAGGCCAAAGCGGACGCCGCGGGCGGUGUGGAAAAACUACUGGCGCAAGAAUCGGCGGAAGGUCGUCGUCGGAUGGCGUUCUUGGAUUUGAUGUUGGAUAUGAACGCAAAAGGAGAAUUACCUAUGGAUGGUGUACAGGAAGAGGUGGACACCUUCACCUUUGAGGGACAUGACACUACGUCGGCGUCAAUUAAUUGGUUCCUUCAUCUCAUGGGGGCAAACCCUGACAUCCAAGAAAAAGUACAACGUGAAGUCGAUGAGGUGUUGGGAGAAGUCGACAGGCCAGUAACUUACGAGGACCUGGGAGGCUUGAAGUACCUUGAGGCAUGCAUAAAGGAGACGUUGCGCCUCUACCCUUCAGUCCCACUGAUUGCACGACAAACUGUAGAAGACAUAAAAAUUAAAGACCACAUUCUGCCGGCGGGAACUGGUGUUGUGGUGGUGCCGUCGAUGGUGCAUCGCGAUCCGAAUUACUGGGACGAUCCAGAAGUAUUCCGGCCUGAACGAUUCAUUGAUGGAGAGCUGAAACAUCCCUACGCUUACAUUCCAUUUUCAGCUGGCAGCAGGAAUUGCAUAGGCCAACGCUUCGCCAUGAUGGAAGAAAAAUGCAUACUUGCGCUGUUGAUGCGACAUCUCCGUGUGCGUUCGCUUCUCCGUACAGACGAGAUGCGCGUCGCCGCUGAGCUCAUCAUUCGACCACUCCACGGAAAUCGGAUAAAGUUUGAAAAGAGGGCUUAUGGUGACUACACACAUUGUAGCCCAUGA